UAUCACAUCCGGGACAAGCCGCAAGGACGUUAGUUAAGUAACUUUACUACCGUUUGCUACUAUAAAUUGCCGUGUUGUGUUAGUAGUAUUUAUUAUCCGAGUUAACGAUGAGUAGCCAUGUUUCUAAAGUAUGUUCGUUGUACAAAAGGAUUCUUGUACUGCAUCGCUUGAUGCCGAUACAUUUAAGAGCGCUGGGCGACCAGUACGUGAAAGAAGAGUUCAGAAGACACAAGACUGCUUCUCCGCAACAAGCAGACAAUUUCAUGACAGAAUGGCAGAACUACAAGGACAUUCUGCAAUCCCAGAUCCUGGAAUCAUCCGGGGACCAACGCACCUCACCGAGGUUUGGGAUCGACAUGGCUGAGGAGAAACUAAGCGACUUCCAAGAUGAACAGAUAGGCCAACUGUACGAGCUCCUGCUCGAAUCCACUAAACCCAAUAGGCAAUUUCACAUCCAGGAGGACACCAAAUGAACGAGCAUUCAAUGCGUACCAGCCUCCAUAUCGGACUCCAUACACCGCUAUCAGUUUUACAAUUCAAAACUCCAAAUAUUCAGAGAAAAAUGUCAUAAUACUACAACAAGAAAAGUCGUACUCUAUGUAGUAUUCUGGUCACUCUGGGCAUCAUGUCAUGUUAUGAGACAUGACAUUAGAUCACAUGACCUUCCACAACUGCAUGGAGACUAGCUACUGAGCCGGCAGAACCAAUACUGAAUGGAAAAGCUAAAAAGUUUCUCCUCUCGUUUUGUGUGGAAGUGGUAAGAUCUGUGCUUCUUUUUCCUUCUUUCCCUUUCGGCGUUUCAAAAAACACUUAUAGAAUAAGUAAACCGGAGAGGCUAGUUAGCUUGCUACGCUAGCAGGGAUCGUCUAUUUUUGAUCCGUAGCGUGCUAAUGUGAUGUAAACAAAGAAUAAUAGGAGUGUAAAAUAGAAUUUUGGUGUCACGAGCAGGCAUGCAAAUUUAUGAUAUUUGGUUUGUGGGUGGAAAAUAUGCUAACAAAAUAUUGACGCUAAAGUAUAUAUAUAACUUUGCAGUAUUUUCAAAAUAUUUCAGUGGCCCUAGCAUACUUUCAUUUAUCACCGUGUGCUGAAUUAAUCUAUUUAAAGAGACAGUACAUGAUAUUAAUAAAUGGUACAGACUUUACUGGUUUUUGUUGAUAUGAAAAUCUGCUUGGGUUUUAGUGGUUUAGAGUCACGAUACCGUGUUUUUUUUUAGCUUUCAAAAUUGCUGCUAAAUAUUAUAAAAUUAUUCACGACGUACGCUGCUCUCUUGACUGCUUGCUUGUUUAUCCGUUUAUCCCUUUAAGUGCUUGUGCUUUCAAAUUGUCAUCUGUUUUUUUUAUAAAAUGGGAUUUGUCGAGCUUUUAGCCGAGGUUAUUCUACUUAGGUGUGAUUAUGGAUAGUGGGCCGGUUACCGUAGCAACACAGACACACCCCAGCAAUGAUAUGAUUAAUUUUUUAAAAACGGGCUGUAACCAAUUUAACGGGGAUGCAAAGACAAAAAAAAAAAGCUUUGCCUAUAUAGUACAUUGCGCACCAUUUUGUCAUCAAUUUAUUCCUCUUUUACUUUUUAUUCCACUUUAUUCUUUUGUGUGCUAACUCUUCCCAGAUUCCUCAACUGAUUCAAAACAAUCCGGCUUCAAAAUGUUCAGCUGAAUAUUAGCCAUCAGGACCCACAUUUAUUGUCAUUUCAUAUUCACUGUGACGAUUUUCCCAUUGAAAAUGAAUGGGGAAUUUAUUUGGCGCCCCCUACUGGUGUAAAAAAAAUUUCCCAUUACUUAGAGUGAUUGUUUCCCAACCACAUAGUUUUGAUUCCCGCUCCAAUUACUCAACAUGUUUAUACAUUGCGACAUUUAUAGCGUUAUGAUUUAACAUGGAUACAAAAACACUACAGCCGAACGAUGCCAGGACGAGUCACUUUGUUGUGUGCGGUGUCAAGACACAAGAAUUGAUGUUCCGUCGAUCAAGGGUUUGAAAUUUGGGAGUGAAAUCGACCAAUUGUGAGCCUUGUAAACCCAAAUGCCCGUACCAAUCUAAAGCUUUUUAAAGCACCACCCAUUUUUUAUGGCAUGUUUUGCAAGGUACAAAUAGACAGGAAGUCGCACAUACGGCGGACAUGUUUGUUCUGGCUGCUUCAGUGGGGUCGGAGGUGAAGUACAACAAAGGCGGGAACACCAGCCAAUGGGCAAAGGGCAGCAUAGAAAACAAGGAAAGGCAAAGGAGCAAUGAUUCUCAGUUGAUGAAUCGGGACCCAAAAUUGUGGAAGAAUUCUGGGUGGGUUGCAGACAGGAAGUAAAAAAAAAAAAAAAAAUUGUGUAUAUAAUUUCCGGUGUGUAACCUGUUCUUAAAGUUUGUACCCUGCAUCGUAUACAGUAGUGCAGCUAAGCUCUACCUCAGAACGCUAAACUCAUCACACAACAACUUAACACCCAUAAUAAGUAUACAAACAAGCACCAAUACAAGUUUAAAAUGGAAGAUAAGAUAAGAUAUGCCUUUUUCGUCCCUCAGUGGGGAAAUUUGCAGGAAAAAAAUAUUUAAUUAUAAAAAUUAUAAAAAUUAUAAAAAUUAUAAAAAUUAUAAAAAUUAUAAAAAUUAUAAAAAUUAUUUCAUAUAUUAUAUUAUUUAAAAUAUUAUUUAAAUAUUUUCCCGUAAUGCAUUGUUGGUGUCUGCCAGUGUGCUGCAAUGAUAUCAGCCUCCCUCUGGGAUGUGAUGUUGUUUUUCAGGCUACAAAUGGCCAUGGUUCCGCACUUUGGACACCCCCUGGAUUAAGAGGCGUGUCCUUUAGACUUUUGUCCAUGUAAGCGUGUGCACGGAAAACAGAAGUUGUUUAUAAUAACUCGGAAGACGAAUGUGUCCCGUUUUGGUGCCAAGCUGUGGUCAAAGACGGGGGGGGGGGGGGUUGAGAGGCUUUUAAGAAUAUUAGCUGAUAUUAAAGUGCUGUGUGAGGGACAGUAAUAAGCGGAACUCAAUGUUUUUUUUGUAGCCAUUAGAGGCUACCGAUUAUUUAUUUUUAUUUUUUAGCAUUCAGUGAACAGUUGCAAACAUCGUGAGGUGUGUUUAUUCACAACGAAUAGUAAUGCUUCUUUCAGGCCGAGCGAUGAUGUCGUUAUUUUUCCAUUAUUAUUCACGCGGAAGUGCAAAACUCUUCUGUCCGGAGAGACAAGCGUGCUGAAGCAGUUAAGUUAUGCAAUCGUAAGAACGCUCAAACGUCACAAUGGUUGUUCCGACAAUGGUCACGUACGUGAAUGACGUAUGGAUGGAAUGAGUACACGAUACCGUCCACGAGGUGUUUUCCCGGUAUCGUGGUUUCGAUAUUUGUCAUGAAACAACAUGCUUCAAGUAGUGGACACGGACAUAAAUACUAAUUUUAUUUUCAUAAUAUUACUUUAUUCCCAAUAUUAGGGAAGCAAUAUAGCAAUACAAGCAAUAUAUUCUGCUUGUGAACGGGAGUUUUGCACAAAACAAGGGAAGCUGACGUCAUCGCAGUUCUCCAAUGAAUGCGUUCCUCAGAUGCAAUGCCUUAUGGAACAACUUAAAAUAAAUAAAUAAAUAAAUAAAUCAGAGUGGUUAGUGCACAGACCUCACAGCGAGGAGACCAGGGUUCAAUUCCACCCUCGGCCAUCUCUGUGCAUGCGUGGGUUUUUCUCCGGGUACUCAGACUUCCUCCCACAUUCCAAAAACAUGCUAG